AUGAAGCUGUUUCUGGUUCUCAUUAUUCUGCUGUUUGAGGUACCAACAGAUGCCGUGCGACCCAAAAAAUGCUUUAACAAUAUAGCAGGCUACUGCAGGAAGAAAUGUGAAAUGGGGGAAAUAUCUGAAAUAUCAUGUCUAAAUGGGAAAUUAUGUUGUGUUAAUGAAGGCAGAAACAAAAAACAGGAGGAAGCCAAAGAUGUACUUCAGUUUCCAUUGCUGUCCGAUCAGAAGCUGGACUAUGUCAUUUUACCCACCAUCACAGUUUUCACAAUCCAACCGUAA